AUUAACCUCUACACAGAAAUGUUAUCACCCGAGGGAUAUUUUAGUUCUUACAAGAGUGAUUUCAAUAUAAAUUCCCAUUCGACAUUCCACAAUUAAGACAAAUUUCCAAUUUAGGCGUUUUCUUAAAAAAGCUGAAUUCCUUCGCUGAAAGGGUUUGGGUGAGAGCAAGCGAGCGAGAGAGAAUGGGUUCUGAAAGCAAGGAUCCGAGGGAGGAGGUUAUUCAGGCAUGGUACAUGGAUGACAGUGAUGCAGACCAGAGGCUUCCCCAUCACAGAGAUCCACAGGAAUUUGUGUCAUUUGAGAAACUUGAUGAGCUAGGAGUGCUUAGCUGGAGGCUCGAUGCUGAUAAUUAUGAAACUGACCCAAAGUUGAAGAAAAUUCGUGAAGACCGUGGAUAUUCUUAUAUGGAUUUUUGUGAAGUUUGCCCAGAAAAGCUGCCAAAUUAUGAAGAGAAAAUCAAGAACUUUUAUGAAGAACAUCUCCACACUGAUGAGGAGAUCCGCUAUUGUGUUGCUGGAAGCGGUUAUUUUGAUGUGCGCGAUCGCGAUGAAGCUUGGAUACGCAUCUGGGUAAAGAAGGGGGCAAUGAUUGUCCUUCCAGCUGGAAUUUAUCACCGCUUUACUCUUGAUUCAGACAAUUAUAUCAAGGCAAUGAGGCUAUUUGUUGGUGACCCUGUAUGGACUCCUUUCAAUCGCCCUCACGAUCAUCUCCCUGCAAGGAAAGAAUAUGUUGAUAACUUUGUGAACAAGGCGGGCGGUGGUCCAGCAGUUGAUGCUGCAGCAGCUUAAAACCUCUCUCCCCAAACUGUCUGAAUCUUUGAGAAUGUGUGGUUACUCUGCCAUCGCUUUUGUGUGAUAUAAAUGAGCUUGAAAUAAUGGGGUAUGUAUUCUGAGGUAAAGUUUGUAAGAAGAUGAAUGCUCUGAGUGGAUGAUCCUACAUAGGAUAUGAAUGCUGCUUUUGAACAAUGGUUAUGUGUGUUUUGCAACAUCUAUAAAAUGAAACGUUAUACUA